UGCGCAUGUAAAGAUUACAAGCAAACCCCGGAAGUGUCUUUGUUUUACUCGCGCGUAACACUUGACUGACCGGGAUGGCAGACGACGCUUUAUUUGAGUUUCUCCAUAUGGAGAUUGUGGCACACGUUUACAGGGAUCAUCAAUCCAUUAAAGGAGAGGCGGACAACAAGGAGAGGGCUUCACGUGUGUCUACUUUGGAGGCAAUGGGCUACAGAGUGGGGCAAGGGCUCAUUGAGAGGUUGACGAGGGAUUCCCCCUGCUUCAAAGAUGAGUUGGAUAUAAUGAAAUUUAUAUGUAAAGACUUUUGGACAAAAGUAUUCAGGAGGCAGGUGGACAAUCUCAGAACAAACCACCAGGGCACCUAUGUAUUGCAGGACAACAAAUUCAAUCUGCUGACACAGCUGUCUAAUGGUAAACAGUACUUGGAUCAAGCACCAAAGUACCUUGCCUUUUCCUGUGGUGUGGUGAGAGGAGCUCUGUCAAAUUUAGGUCUUGAAAGUGUAGUUACAGCUGAGGUUUCUGUCAUGCCAUCAUGUAAAUUUCAAGUUGUCAUCCAGAAAUUAUGACAAGGUCCCAUCCCACCUUGCUGCAUUGUUCAAGCACCCUUGUCCUUCAUAUCAGGUUUUAAUGUUACCGAGAAGUAAAACAACUCCCUAUUCUAUUUUCACAUUGAUUACAGAAAUAAUCUAAAAUGGUUCCCAAGCCACUCAAGUCAAGUGAUGGGCUUGUUACCUUUUAUUUGUUGAAAUUAAAUGAUGCAUUUCUUUUUGGUGAGUUACUUUCUCUUUUAAUUUAAAGUAAAUGCUUAUGUCAGCCAUUCCAUGAAAAUAAGCUUGCUUGGCCAUGAAGGUCAUUUCUGGUUGAUAUUGUCUUUUUGCAAUGCUUUUGCCACAUAAAUGUAUUUGCAAGUUAAUAAAAAAAAUCCAAUUAAUUCACUCUGAUGUCUGUGCCCACUCACUCUGUUCAAAUUAAUUAUUUUCACAAUUACAAAUUUUGAGCAUUCUCAUGCCAAGCCUGAAAUGAACAACUUUGGUCUGUUUAACAAAAUAUACACUCAGUUUACAAUAAGUAUAAUUAUCCAUGAAUUUCUGUUAUUCUCAUAUAUGUUUUCUUCUUAGGACAUCUAUAAAUUUGCUAGAAGUACAGCGUGCAAUUUUGAAUAUUUUAUUGCAACCUAUAUAAUCUUAUUUUCACACAUACAAACACACAAAAAAGACCAUCGUUUUAGUAACUCAAAUAGUAAUUGGCUGUUAUCAGUUUAGCCACCAGAGGGUAACAUAGCAUUGCUAUUCUGUUCUAAUGCUAAAGCUGAAGAAAUCUGUUAGUCCCUUAGAUAUCACAUCCUGUGUGUACAGUGUGUAAUGUGUAAAGACUGAGUCAACGGUAAUUGUUGGCCAUCUUGCAUUGGGGGACUUCAAUGGUUUUUGUUUUUCAUAUCGAUGGUUGGUCCCUCCAGAGCAGGGGUUUUAACUCCGGUCCUCGAGAGCCCCUAUCCAGCUUGUUUUCCAUGUCACCCUCCUCCAACACACCUGAAUAAAAAAAUCAGGAUCGUUGUCAGGCUCCUGCAGAGCUUGCUGAUGAGCUGAUCAUUUGAUUCAGGAGUGUUAAAGGAGGGAGACAUGAAAAACAAGCUUGAUAGGGCUCUAGAGGACCGGAGGUGUGUACCCCUGCUCCAGAGAUGCAGAUGUUCAAUCUUGCUCUCAAAUAGCUUCUUCUUCUUCUCAAACAUUUGAACGACAAAAAAGUUUUUUAGUUUUUUAGUUAGUUUUGAGCAAAUAUAUUUUAAGCCUCGCGACUUGUUAGCAGAUUGCUUGAAAUCUGACCUUCUUGAGUUGAAUUUACAUUUUCUAUGCAUGUUUUUUUCUUCAGGUACUGCACUUUUUCCCACAUUAUGAAAACAUGCAUUGUAGGUGAUUGAACAUUUUCAAUAGUCUGCAGUUGUGUGUGAGUAGUUGUUUGAUGAACAUGUCAAGUUGUACUUGCUCAAAGGCAGCUGUGAUAAGACUUAAUACACCUGCAACCCAAGUGAAGAUAAGUGAUACUGAGAACUAAUGGGUGGAUAGAUUUUUACAGGAAAAGAAUGCUGUGCUGUAUAGUUCACAUCUAUUUAGCUUCUACUUUGAGAAUUUCAAUAAAUAAACGGAUCAUACUUUGUUGUACGUAUUAUUGUACAUUGACAAUUUACUUGCUAACAUAAAUCUUUUACAUGUCAAAAAGGUCAGUUUCUUCCUUUUUAUUGUAAGUUUUUUUUUCUCUUGGU